GGCAGGGGGCGGCGGUACGGCAGUUGGCACGGCUGGGCGAGCAGGCAGGGCAGAGCACGGCACCUUGCCAUCUACGAGGUCGUCGCUCUCUGGACUCACCCAGGUGCAGCCGUGGUCUCCACACGGCGUCGAGCUGCUGCUGCAAGGGAUGUGGAGACUCAGACUGAAAGCAUGUAUGUCCAUGCUGCAGUUCAGGUCUCAGCCUGCGGAGAAUACAGGAGGGCAGCAUGGAUACCACCUGGGCCCAGUGCGAGCAGGUGGGCUGCAGGCCGCAGCAAGCUGUGCUGCCAGGCAGCCGGAGCCAGGAUUUGUCCCUCCGUGGAAUCCAUCUGCCACCACUACCCCGCCUGGAGAGUGCACAAGCCUCUGGGAGACGGCGUGCACAGGCAGACAGGCUGGAGCUCAGGCAGGCACUGCCCCGCAGCAGUGGCUCUGGAGAUGGCAGACAGCCUCUGGCAGCCUUGCCGCCUCUCCCGUGGCAGCCAAUGCCACUGACAGCUGCACCCCAGAAUGCAGCCACUGCUCAAGGACAAGUUCCCACAUGGUCCACACUGCCGGCAGCAGCCUCCAGGAGCUCUCCAAGAGGCAGAGCAGCUGCUGUGGGAGCUACCGCCAGUGAACUGGCUGUCCCACAUCUUCAGGGCAACCGUCAGCACCAGGAUACGACAGCGAGGGCCGAGGGCUGGCAGGCAGAUGUGCAGGUCCCUGCACCCCCUCUCAAGCCUGCAAUGCAAACACCCAAGUCCCUCAGGUUGGCGUACCGGAGGCGUCCAGUAGCCACGAGACCAGGGCCCUGCCGGAAACCGGCAAGGCCUGGGCAACGUGCAGCCACCAGCACUGUGGGAAGACCAGCGCGAGCAACCCAGGUGCUGGCCCCCAAGGCUGGGAGCAGCCCUGCACAUCAGGCACGACCUGCUCCCAUUGCUCAGGAGGACACCCGAGAUGCUGUCAAGGCCUCUGCAUCACGUUCCCUGGCAGCAGAGCAGGCAGCGGACGAUGGUGCCAACGCUGCUGGCACUUCUCAGGCCACUCAGGGUGCCAAGGGCAGUGAAGAGAGGGCCCGCUCCGUCAAGAGAGGGGGUAUGUUCCUGCCCUGCUGCCUUUGCAGUUCCACCUGCAGUGGUGCUCUGAUGGAUGAGCAGGAAGAGGGGGGAGAUGCCGUUGAGAGAGACGCUGUGGCAGUGACAGCCACAGACCCUGGGAGCACAUCGUUUGGUGAGGCAGAGGCCCAGCCGCCAUCAUCUCCAGUGCCUGGGAACCUUGAGCACGAGGUGGACAGGCUGGAGCUCAGGAACGCACUCACCCACAGCAGCAUCCCUGGGGAAGGGAGACAGCCUCUGCCAACCUGUGGACCAUCCCUGCAUGUCCCUGCAUCCCCUCUCAAGCAUGCACAUGCCACACACAAGUUCUUCAAUUUGGCAUACUACCGGAGGCGUCAGGUAGCCACAAGACCAGGACCCUGCCAGAAACCAGCAGGUCCAAGGCAACGUGCCGCCACCAGCACUGUGGGAAGACCAGCGCGAGCAACCCAGGUGCUGGCCCCCAAGGCUGGGAGCAGCCCCGCACAUCAGGCACGACCUGCUCCCAGUGCUCAGGAGGGCACCCAAGAUGCUGUCAAGGCCUCUGCAUCACAUUCCCUGGCAGCAGAGCAGGCAGCGGACGAUGGUGCCAACGCUGCUGGCACUCCUCAAGCCGUGCAGAGUGCCAAGAAUACUGAAGACAGGGCAUGGUCCGGCAAGAGAGGGGGCAUGUUCCUGCCCUGCUGCCUUUGCACUUCCACCUGCAAUGGUCUUCUGAUGGAUGAGCAGGAGGAGGAGGAAGACAGCCCUGUGGCAGAGGCUGCUAAAAGCCCGGUGAGCACCCCAUCUGGGGAGGCACAGUCCUGGCCUCCAGCUUCUGCUGUGCCUGCAGCUCCCAGGCGCGAGGGGCACUUGGCACCUACCCCCGCCUUGUUGCCAGAGGAGGUUCCUUCUUGGGACACUGACAGCUUUGUUCUGCGGGACCAGUGGGAAGACACCCCUGAGCAAAGGAAGACACAGGAGUAGUCAACAUCACAGUGACUGUGUCUGGAGCCCCCUCUGGUGAAGCAGAAGACAAGCCUUCAGCUUCUGGCGUGGCUGUGUGCCCUCAGCAUGACAUGAGCAAGGCACAAGUGGUUGGCACCAGGCCCAAAAAGAAGACAGAGUCUGGACUGUGCUCGGUGGAGUGAAGCCUGGCACAUUGAGACAGCCUCUGCCAAGCUGUGGGCCCACCCUGCAUGUCCCUGCGCUCCCUCUCAAGUCUGCGAAUGAAACACCCUGGUCACUCUGAUACCGGAGGCAACAAGAUCCACAGCCUCCUCUGCUCUGGGUUCUUGAGCUUCCAUUUACGCAAGCCUCCGUCCUUCAGCUUAUAAUUGCUCAAGUCACGCGACAGGCUGUUCUCAUGAUGCAGAAAAGCUGUUCUCACGAUUCAACACCCGUGCAGAUUUCCUGUUCUAGACACCUGUUAAUCAUCUCAGGUACCAGUUCUGCCAAGCAGCUCUUCCUUCUUCAUCGCUGCAUCGCUUCAUCACCUUUACAUUUAGCAAGAUCAUAAUUUAAUUUCUGCUUAUAAAAAUAUAAUAAAAGUAUUGAGUUUCAAUUUA